ACAAAUACUAUACUAUACAAUAUACAUAUGUAGGAAUUGUUGUCACAUCCAGAUCAGAUAGAUGAAGCAUCUGCUUACAUCAAGAACAUGAAACAGAGACUUGAAGUACUGAAUGGAAGAAAGGCACUGCUCAUAACUUCCUACGUAACAAGAACUGGUGAUGGCGGAGCCGGGCACAAGUAUCCGAUUGUGACAGUGAAGGAGUUAGGUUUUGGUGUAGAGGUGAUGUUGAUUAGUGGCCUAAACAAGAAUUUCAUGCUAAGCCAAGUAAUUAGCGUAAUCGAACAAGAAGCAGCUCAAGUUCUCAGCAUUAACAUGUCCAGUGUUGGCGAAAGCAUCAUCCACACUAUCCAUGCUCAGGUUAAAAUUUAUAGGGUUGGGGUGGACACCUCAAGAAUAAGUGAUCGGAUACAUGAGAUCAUUUCCUCAAACUUGUGAAAUUUCUUGUUGGAAUAUUAUAUAUAUAUAUAAAGUUCUACAAUAAGGCCAUGGUAAGUGAUAAUAAGAGUACAAGGAGCUCAACCUUAAUUUCUCUUCCAAGUUUGUUCCUCAACAUUUGUCUUAGAAUAGAGAAAUGCAGGAUACUGUUA